CGAUAUGUGUCCUUCCUCGCGUCACCAGGCGACCGAUGUACUCGCAAUCGACCUGUGUGGAACAUCGACGGCCAUGGCGCUUGUCGCUCUCCCCAACCUCACCCCAUCAAGGCGAUAUAGGUCCUCCUUCCUCCCUCCCACCACCAUGUCUUCCUCCUUCUCCAAGACUACCGGAAUGCACGCCGCCUUCCCCUAUCGGAGCAAGAAUCUCCCUCCUGCCCCCCUUCGGACCGUCGUCAGAUCGUCCGCCAAGAUCGUCCGCUGCCCGCCACUGGACCGCCACGCCGCCAAGCACAGCCGGCUCCGCUUCGCCCGCAAGUUGAAGACGCUUCUCCUCUCCAAGCCCCGCCACUUCCUCCCCCUUCGCGUCCUCUCCCGCUGCCGCCCCUACCUUGGCCUCCCCCCCUCCCGCUCCCUCCUGUCCAUGGUCCUCCGCUACCCCGCCCUUUUCCGCCUCCUCCGCUCCCCCUUCCCCGCUUCCCUCCUCUCCGUUGCCCUCACCCCCGCCGCCGAGGCCCUCGCUGCCCGCGAGUCCCACGUCCGCUCCCGCCUCGACUCCGCCCUCGCCGCCAAGCUCCAUCGCCUCCUCAUGCUCGCUCCUCGCCGCUCCCUCCUCCUCUCCAAACUUGUGCACCUCGCCCCCGACCUCGGCCUGCCCCCGAACUUUCGCUCCCGCCUCUGUAACUCCCACCCCGACCGCUUCCGAACUGCCGAUACCUCCUAUGGCCGCGCCCUCCAACUCGUUGCCUGGGACCCCGCCCUCGCCGUCCCCUUCCCUUCGUUCCGUCCGCCUCCCUCCGAGGACGACAACCGCCGUCCCAUCAUCGAUCGCCCCCCGCGCUUCAAACACCUCCCGCUCCGCCGCGGGCUCCACCUCAAACGUCGCCACCGCGACUACCUCAUUCGCCUGCGAGAGCUGCCGGAUGUCUCUCCAUAUGCUGUUGCGGGAGAUGAACAAGAACUAGGGCGAAGGAUGUCGGCGGAGGAGGCCGAGAAGAGGGCGUGUGCGGUGGUCCGGGAGGUGCUGGGGAUGACGGUGGAGAAGCGGACCCUGGUGGACCACUUGACGCACUUUAGGAAGGACUUCGGGCUGCCCAACCGGCUUAGGGCAAUGCUGGUGCGCCAUCCGGAGAUGUUCUACGUGAGCGUGAAGGGGGUGCGCCACUCUGUGUUCUUGGUGGAGGCAUACGAUGACAAGGGGAAGCUGUUGGUGGAGGACGAGCUGCUGGCAGAGAAGGAGAGGUUGAUGGAGUUGGUCAGGGAGGGGAAGCGGAUGAGGAGGGAGAGGAGAAGAGAUGUUGGAUACGGUGCUGAUGAUGGUGAUGAUGAUGAAGAGGAGGACGAAGACAGCAACGAACUUGAUGAGGAUGAUGAUUUUGCAAACCUGUUUGAGGCUGGCAUUGGAGACGACUGGGAGGAGAUCAGCAAUUGGGCUGGUGAUGAUCUUGUGGAGGAUGAGGUUGAAGAGUUUUGGGUAAAGAAAGCUGCUGCCAUGGGCAUUGUUGAAGGUAGUGGGGGAUUGGAAGCCUGGUGAAUAGGAGCCUGUAGCAAUCUGGAUUGGUUACAAAGAGAGAGCCUCUCGAUUGAUGAUUCUGUCCAUAUUCAAUAACUUUAUAGAUACACUGUGCAAGUAUGGCUACUCUUUAAUAAGAACAGUUACAAGGAACAUGUUGGAACUAAAAGAUGGAAUAUGUGAUUCUAUGCUGUUUCAGAGAUUGUUCCAUUGCAUUCUGCUAAACUUUGUACUCCCUGUCCAUUGGCAAAUCUGAGCUACUUAUGCCAUUUCAGAUAUUUUCUCGGUGAGAUUUUGGGACCGCCAAAUGAAAAGUUUUGUUCAACUUGAAAAUCAAAUGUGUCUCACAAGCAGAAAAGAUCAGACAGGUUUUUCAUGGACAGGUUUCGUUGUAUUUGUUGAUCUCUGAUCUACCAGCGUAAUGUGUUAUCCUCCCAUAUAGAAGCGAUGUCACCUGUAUUCACAGAAAAGACAAGAGCAGAUAGCCCCAGGGGCAGCAGCGAUUUUCAAUUAAACUCUAGUGCGGAAUUAGAUCAAAAGGAGAAGAAAAUGCCUUCACACCAAGUAAUUUGCACAUGCCAUUCUAAGUUUUGUGCAUCUUCUUGUCCUGCUCAAUAGAAUAAUCCUCAGGUAAAUUUAGUUUAAUAGACCAUGAUCAUUAUGUAAUUAAUAACUUGAACCUUCGUGACAACCCUGCAGAUGAAAAGUGCAAGGAGAAUAAAAAAAAUCAGGUUAUCU